UUUCGUAAGACAGUCAUUGGGAAAAAGCUCGUUUGGUGAUUCAGUGUCAAUAUAAUGAGAUUGAAUGGAGUUUGUUUAUUUUGCAAAAGCUUGCUACUGGAUACGGAUAUUAAUUUCUCACCCAGUUUUUAUGCUUCUCAGAUAAUUUUAGUCUGAUGAUCGAGUCCACAAUCGAAAGUUCACUUGUUUUUCUGAUCAAUACUUGGUACACCAACAAUAAUAGCAUCACUAUCACACAUCUGAUCUUUUUCCUUUUUAAAAGUUGGUAAAUGAUGACCUCUUAUUCUUUGAAGAAAUUCAUACUUUUUCGUGAGUAUCUUAUUUAUUAACUGUACUGUAUCAAACACUUUCACUACUUUUUUUUAGUUCCAUCCAAUUUAAUAGUUUUCAUCCCUGGAAAAUUUGUGUUCUUUCUCUUUAAGAUAUAAUUGUACUUUCACAAGCAUGACCAGCCCUCUUCCAGCGAAACGAGCAUUUGGUCAUAAUUCUUUGCAGAAAUACCUAAUCGUAAAAAAGGUGUUAUCAAUUAAUUAUCUAUAAAGCACUCACUCACCUAUAAUGCUUCCAACAUACGCAAAUAAAUAAACAAAACAACAAGACUCGCCUUGAAGCAGCUUUGCAACUAGAUAACAAUUUGGUCUAAAACAUUAUUAUGCCAACUAUAACAUCGCACAUUAUUCAAUUUAGUAUUCAUUUAGAUCUGAACGCCGCAACAUGUGGUGGUUUUCUGGAGUAAUUAUUACUGCCGCCGCGAGAAUUAGAUCGGGCAAUUUAUUAUUUACAAAAAUUCUAUUUAUUAUUUUUAUUAUUAUUCCGGUUGUAAAUUCAUUUGCUACAACUUCAGAAAGCUCUGAAUUAACAUCAUCAUCAAUAGAAGAUAAUUCUUUGUAUUCGAAAAGACGAGUCUGUCAACGAGAACCUUUUCGAAAUGCAACAUUAUUUUGGAAUGAAGCUGAAGUUGGAAAUGCUGCAAUUACAAAUAAACCAUGUCUACAAAGAAACGGACUUCCACUUACACGGAAAUGUAUUCUCAAUCAAAAUCUACAACCAUCUUGGGAAGAUAUUUCAACAAAGAAAGUUGAUUGCUUGGACUUGACGAGGGAGAAGCUUAUAACGAAUCUUUUGGUAAACUUAGAACGUGAAGCAUUUGGCGAGAAUAAAACAAAACCUGCUGAAGCUGUUAAACAAUUGAAAAGAAAUCUCAAGAUGAGGAAUAUCAAACUUAUUCCAACUGAUAUACAUUUUGCCUGUAGAAUAGUUAAACAAGCUGUUGAAAGAGCAAAAUCACCAGAUCUAUGUUUAGACUUGUUGGGAAUGUACAAUAGCUUGAUGGGAGCCGAUAGAGAAGUUCUAAGGGCUUCACAAAUCUUUAAUUCAACUAAUAAGCUUGUUGCAAGUUUUGAAGCUUGCAUUGAUGGAACCUAUAGAGAAAGAAGCGUUAAAAGGCUGCUUACAGAAGAUCGUAUCGAUAUGCUUGAGCUUCCUGAAUUGGGAGUGAGGGCACAUUUGGCCGAGAACUUGAGUGUUUUUCUUAUAGAUCCACAAAUUGCUAAUGUCUCUGGAAUAGCAUUAUACAAUCAAACAUCCAACGGGGGGGCUUCAAAGAUGUUUCGAGAGGAAUACGGUGACUUCUUUUAUCGCUUUCUGUACUCUAACGAAACUAUUGGCAAUCUUCUGAAAGAAAAAGGACUUCAAAUGGCAUCAUUUUUUCCUUAUGAUUUGUGGAAAAGUUUAACAAGAAACCUACCUCAACCUGGACGAGUCAUCAUAAAGGUGUACUCCAGUGAUGUUCUCUUCCUGGAACCUCGUCUCAAGACCGAUCGAAAAGUAUUUAGUAAAAUUGCUUCCUUAACCAUCCCAGGAGUCAGAGAAUCCUUUCCAGGACUUUUGCCAAUGAUAUUCCGAAAUAGUGGUCCCUAUGUCAAUCAUCCAGAAACUGGUUGUGGCUAUUGGAACUAUGAAACCUGGGUAAGUGAUGGCAUUGUUACACUCGAGAAGCAAGGCGAUCUAAUAGCUUGUGGAACCCAUCAUAUGACACAAUUUGCAUAUCUUAUCGGAGGAGACUAUCGUUAUGCAGAUUUUUCAGAAAGUAUCAUAAUAAACAAGCUUCAUUUGAGAGCUUUGGACAUGAUAACUCUCAUCGGUUGUACCCUCUCGACCAUGGGAUUGUUUGGAAUUUUCAUAACAAGUAUUAUCUUCAAGUCGUGGCGGGCGAAGGCAUCUUCAAAGGUUCUUCUUCAUUUGUGUACAGCAAUCAUAUGUCAAAUGGGAAUAUUUUGUUUUGUGAAUACCAACGACAUGACUCAACAUUUGAUAGAGAAUCGAGAUUAUAUUGGAUGUGUUGCAGUGGGAGCUCUUUUGCAGUAUUUUGUUUUGGUACAAUUCACUUGGAUGCUUUUGAUAGCAUUUUUCCAAUUUCAACGUUAUGUUCAGAUAUUCGGUUCUAGACCCAAGCAUUUUGUGUUGAAAUCAUCAUUUAUUGGCUGGGGACUUCCAAUUAUACCUCCAGCUAUUCUCAUAGCCGUGGACCGUUCAUCAUACAUUCCGGAUUUCAACUCAGAUAGUUCUUUGAUGUGCUAUCCAUCAGGGUAUGGUUUAAAUUUCGGUGUCAUUUUGCCAGUGACACUCAUAAUUGUGGCUAAUUUUAUAAUUUUCGUCAUGGUUAUAUUGAGUAUUAGACAUACCAUGGAAGCAUCUUCGAAACGAAGUGAGAAGAAGAAAAUUCUUCAACAAAUUCGACUUUUGGUAAUGAUGUUUUUCCUUUUUGGCUUCUCGUGGAUAUUUGGAAUUCUAGCUGCAAUGGGGGCUGGUUUGUUAUUUUCAUAUCUGUUUUGUAUCACUGCCACUUUGCAGGGAUUUGUUUUGUUUGUUUAUUUUGUUGUAUUGGAUCCGGCAACUAGAAAAUUGUGGUAUCAGUUGUGUGGGAAAGAAGAAGAUAAGUUAAGAGAAUCGGAGACGGUUAAGUUGAGAUCUGGAACAACUACAACGAGUGGGUAGAUGAGUUUUUCAUAAAUAAAAUAAAUGAAAUUAUAAAUAUCGAAUAUUUAAAACAAACAAACAAAAAUAUUUCAUUAUAAACUAUUUUUAUGUGUGUAUUCUAUUUUUAAGCAAAUCUGUGUUGUCUGAAGACUUUGAAAAUAAAAAGUUUUUAAUUUAUUUAAA